GUGGUGACCGUCUGCGGCUGAGCUGUGCUGCGCUGCGCGGCGAAGUGGGAGUGUCUGCUGCUGGUCUGCAGGGAGGACACCUACUGAGACCUCAAACCCUGGCUCCAGUGCCAUGUGAUAACCAGUCGUUCUGCUCAGUGGUGGGGGCAGUCUUUGCCGAGCCGGAAUGUGUGUGCUGUUUUAGGAACCAGUCACCUUCGAGGAUGUGGCCGUGGAGUUCGUCCAGGAGUGGGCGUUGCUGGACAGUGCGCGGAGGAACCUGUGCAGAUACGGGAUGCUGGACAGGUGCAGGAGCCUGGCCUCCAGGGCCUGGGAAUCUCAACUUAAACCCAAAGAGUUGCCUUCUAUGCGGGAUAUUUUGGAAGAAGCAUCCUCCAGGGACAUGCAAAUGGGGCCAGAGCUGUUCCUGAGGAUGCAGCUGGUGCCGCCCAUGGAAGAGAGGGAGACACCAUCAACUCAAGAGGACUGGCCAGCUCUCCAGGAGCCACCUUGGUCUCCAGGAUGCAUGGGACCAAAGGCUGCCGUGCAGAUUCAAAGGACGGUGAUGCCAGUGCCCACGCUGGGCCACCCUGACCUGUGGGUGGCUGGGAAUUCUGCUGUGUCCCCAGAGGACCCUGCCUGGGUUCCGGAGGACAGAGUAGAGGAAGAAGCCAUGGCUUCUGGGUUGCCAACUGCCUGUUCACAGGAACCAGUCACCUUUGCAGAUGUGGCUGUGGUGUUCACCCCAGAAGAAUGGGUGUUUCUGGACUCUACUCAGAGGAGCCUGUAUAGAGAUGUGAUGCUGGAGAACUACCGGAACCUGGCCUCUGUGGGUGAUCAACUGUGCAAACCCAAUGCAUUAUCUUAUUUGGAGCAAAGAGGAGAGCAGUGGACCACUGAGAGGGGAGUUAUCUCAGACACCUGUCCAGAACCUCAACUGCAGCCCCAAGAGGCAAUUCCCAGCCAAGAUACUUUUACGGAGAUUCUGUCCAUUGGCAUGAAAGGGGAGCAACCUGAGCCUGGAGAAAAACUCUAUAAAUAUAAUGUACUUGAGAAACCUUUUAACAGCAUUGAACCACUUUUCCAGUACCAGAGAAUUCAUGCUGGAGAGGCCUCCUAUGAAUGUCAAGAGAGUAGAAAUUCCUUCUUCCAGAGUGCUCACCUAAUUGUGCCCGAGAAAAUCCGUAGUGGGGAUAAAACCUAUGCAUGUAACAAAUGUGAAAAAUCCUUCAGAUACAGCUCUGACCUUAUCAGGCAUGAGAAGACUCAUACUGCAGAGAAGUGCUUUGACUGUCAAGAAUGUGGGCAAGCCUUCAAAUAUUCCUCAAAUCUUCGGCGACACAUGAGAACUCAUACCGGAGAGAAGCCAUUUGAAUGUAGUCAGUGUGGGAAAACCUUCACGAGGAACUUUAACCUGAUUUUGCACCAGAGAAACCACACAGGAGAGAGGCCCUAUGAGUGUAAAGAUUGUGGGAAAGCCUUCAAUCAGCCAUCAUCCCUUAGGAGCCACGUAAGAACUCACACUGGAGAGAAGCCCUUUGAAUGCAGCCAGUGUGGGAAAGCAUUCAGGGAACACUCUUCACUGAAGACACAUCUGCGAACCCAUACCAGAGAGAAACCAUAUGAGUGCAACCAGUGUGGCAAGCCCUUCCGGACGAGCACUCAUCUGAAUGUGCACAAGAGGAUACACACAGGGGAGAAACUGUACGAGUGCGGGACUUGCGGUCAGGUCUUGAGUCGUCUCUCAACUCUGAAGAGUCACAUGCGAACUCACACUGGAGAGAAGCCCUAUGUGUGCCAGGAAUGUGGGCGAGCCUUCAGUGAGCCCUCAUCCCUCAGGAAACAUGCAAGGACUCACAGUGGCAAGAAGCCCUAUGCAUGCCAGGAAUGCGGGCGAGCCUUUGGUCAGUCUUCACACCUUAUUGUACAUGUGAGAACACACAGUGCCGGGAGACCCUAUCAAUGUAGUCAGUGUGAGAAAGCCUUCAGGCACAGCUCCUCACUCACUGUACACAAAAGAACCCACAUGGGAAGAGAGAACAUCAGGAGUGGCAGCCUGCCUUUAUCCAUGUCUCAUCCAUACUGUGGGCCCCUUGCUAAUUAACUUCCAUUUUGUAAAAAUAUAAACAUAUGGGGCUAUGACUUUCCAUCAUAAUACUCCUUUAGCUGCAUCCCAUGUUUUAAUACAUAAUAUUUUCAUUUUGGUUUAAUUUUAAGUAUUGUCUUAACCUCCAUUAUCAUUUAUUGUCUGAUCCAUCUAUUAUUUGGAAUUAGAUUUUUCAAAACAUAAUACAUGGAUAUAUUUUCAUAGAGGUAUAAUGACUUACAGUGAAAUGCAUACAUCUUAAGUGUACAGUUGGAUGAACUUGACAGAUGCAUACAUGCAUGUAACCAACACCCCAUUCCAGAUAUUGAAUGUCAUUCUGGAAGGUUCCUGCAGGUUAUAUGGCUAUUUCUUAGUUGCUGGUUUUUUGUUGGUUUCUAAUUUAAUUACAUGGUGAG